AAAUAUUUUUUUUCAAAAUGGCCGGAAAAACGAAGUUAAAAGAUGUUCGUACUUUGAUGAAGGAACAACGCAGUAAAUCCAAAAAGAAAAUCGACUCGCCACUUGCAAGGUAUAACAACGCAGGUCAAUUAUUCUGUGUUUUGUGCAACACAGUUAUUAAAAGUGAUCUUCUGUGGGAUGCACAUAUACGUGGAGUCAAACAUAAAGAGAAUCUUGUGUCAUUAAAAUCUGGUAAACAGAAAUCACAAACAGAUUUAUCAAAAUCUUGUUAUGUACAGCAAGACAGGAACGUCUUCAACAGCAGUUCUAAGGGAAACGGGGUAACCUCAGGUUCCUUACAGUCAAACAAACGAAGAAAUCAAGAGAAUAAUGAUGAUAUAUCAGAUUUUGAUAGUGAAUCACCAACGAUAAAAAAACCUAAAGUAUCAAGUUCCAACCACUCUUCGAGUAUACCUGCGGACUUCUUUGAUAAUAAUGGAAGUAGUUCAGUUGAAGAACAGAAUAUGGUAGUGGAUAAAGACACGACAUCUGAGACUCCAUCUGCUGUGGAGACUUUACCUGCAGAUUUUUUCGACAGCUCACAAACAGAACUAAAAGAAUCAGAAAAUGAUUUAUCAAAACAAAACGAAUCUGACAAAUCAGAAGUUAUACCUGAAGGCUUUUUUGACGACCCAAAACUUGACGCCAAAGCUCGAAAAGUCGAAUAUAAAGACCCAGCUGACGAGGAGUGGGAGAAAUUUCAAAAAGCUCUGAGUACAGAAAACCAGGUUUCAGAGGCAAUUAUUCAUGAAGAGGAAGAAGAAUCAAGAAUUGACAGAGCAUUGGAUGAAAUGAGUGAGCAAAGGUUGUAUUACAUACGGGCAGAUGUGCUUCGAGAUAAACAAAAUGCUUUAAAAGUAAGUAGGGAAGAGAGGAGAAGCGAUAGACUGAGUGUAGAAAUGAAAGAAAGCGGCAGUGAUUCUGAUAGUGAUGAUAUUGAGGAUAUGUUUAAUUGGAGAGCAAAGAAAGCUUAAUGAUAGGUGCUGGAAUGAACGUGUAACGUAUUGGUAGAAACAAAACUGCGUUUGAGACGUUUUGGCCAACCUCGCUGAUGUAGUCCUGCUAUUUUGGGUCUGUAUGAAAUAACAUCGGUCUAUCGAAUCGCCCAAAAUGUAAAUGAACGAAAUUUGAUCUUGCCCUUGGCUUAACCAGUUCGAAUUCGCGAAAUCGAGU